AUGCCACUCUGGCCCGUUCGUGUCGCAGUUCUUCGCUCACAUACUACUCAUACAUCCGACGACAUUCAUGUGUUAGUACUAAGGACGGACGCCGGACAUCGUCUUCUCGCACAAUUCCGAAGGACGCAGAACACUAGGGAUCUUGACCAAUCUAUAAGGCACUUUGAACGUGCGGUUGAUCUUUGUGUCAUAGAUCAUCCAUGCUGCUCUGCAGCACUGUUCAAUCUAGCUUCCGUGAAGUUUGUUAAUUGCCAAGUUAAUGGACUGUACCUUGACCACAACAUCCCCACCUCUCUUUUUCAACACGCCUUUGACUUGCGUCCGACUGGUCAUCCUGACCGACCGAUCACUCAACUCUGUCUCGCCAUUGCUCUGCUGUCCCGCUUCACGAGCUCGACGCUUACAUGUCCGCGACACAAUGUCAUGAAGGAUUUUCCAGGUACACUUGCCGUGGAUGCUGCGUCAUGUGCACUUCGUAGCGGUGAUGUGUGUCGCGCUGUCGAGUUGUUAGACUUACACCUUACUGACAGACUCAUUCCCACCUCCUGGUCUUAA